AUGACAUUGUACAAAGAUCUCCUUGGAAGGUUCCCCGGUCAAGAACAUCAGGCUGGGUCGUUCAAGAUCCCAACUAUCAUGUGGUAUGAUCGGUCCGGAGUUGUGCAAGCAGCUGGGGCAGAGGCGGAACUCCCUGAAAACUUGGAUAGAGCGGAUGACCAGGACUGGGUUAAGGCAGAGUGGUUCAAGAUACACCUGCGCCCUCAAUCGCUGUCGACCUCCUGUGAUAUAAAUGCCUUUAAACCUCUCCCUCCCCGCAAAACCGUCGUUCAGGUGUUUGGAGACUUCCUCAAGUACAUGCUUAGCUGCGCUCGUUCCUUCAUCGAAGAAUCUCAUGGCAGCGGGAGGUCGAUUUGGGCUUCGUGUCAAAAUGACGUACAGUUUGUCCUCACACACCCAAACGGGUGGGAGGGCUCGCAACAGAGCAAGAUGCGAGAUGCUGCUGUGCAUGGUGGCCUGGUCCCGGACACCCACAUUGGGCACGAGCGGAUAUUCUUCGUAACCGAAGGCGAAGCUAGUCUUCAUUCCUGCCUCGCAAAUGGGUUGGCUGGGCGCCUCGAGACAGGAGACGGGAUUCUUAUCGCGGAUGCAGGAGGUGGCACCCUGGACUUCAGCUCGUACAGAGUUACGGCACUCAAUCCCCUGAAAGUUUGCGAGCUCUUGCCAGCAGCUUGCUCUCUACAGGGCUCCAUAUUCGUGAGCGCUCGCGCCCGAGAGUUCUUCCAAGCUAAACUCGCGAACUCCCGAUAUGGCACACCGGACAACAUUGAACACAUCACUGAGAAGUUCGAUGAGACUACAAAGAAGCUGUUUCGAGAUCCCUUCGAGUCUUCAGUCGUGGCGUUUGGGUCGCCCGUUGAUCGCGACCCUAAGGUCAAUAUUCGGAACGGUCAAUUACGGCUGGCUGGGCAGGAUGUCUCCAAGUUCUUUGAGCCCUCCAUAGAGUCCGCCAAGACGACUAUUGAGCAGUACUUAUCAGAUUCGCAUGGUUUGGUCAAGUCCGUUUUCCUCGUUGGAGGAUUUGCAGCAUCUCCGUGGCUUUUGAAAUCCCUCCAAGGCCACUUCUCCGGCAAUGGAGUCACCAUUAGCCGUCCCGAUGGACACACUGCGAAGGCUGUUGCAGAAGGGGCCGUAUUGUAUCACCUUGAUCACCUUGUGAUAUCCAGAGUCGCUCGAUUCACAUACGGCACCUACGUCCUGAGAGACUAUGAUUCCAGAGACUCUGGACACGCCAAGCGCUCUAGUUUGAUAGUGACGCAUCCUAUCACGGGACACCAGGUGUUGACAAACGGGUUUUGCCCCAUUUUGGACAAGGGUACAUCGGUCACGGAAAUCAAGGAGUUCAGCACUGACCUCAUCUGCAAUUGGGGAGUAAAUGACGACAUGUCGCACGAAAAGUUGACCAUUGCCGUCUACCGAGGAAAUCGAAGCAAUAUUCGGUGGUUGGAUGAAGAUGAAGCCCAGUUCUCCUCUUUAUGCACCAUCGAGGCAGACAUGUCGACGUUAAGGGCUCACCUCCAGCGGAAAACAGGGAAAACAGACUACAUAACCGCCUCCUGCCAACUUAUUCUCCACUUCGGAGCGGAGUUGAAAGCGCAAGUAUCUUGGAAAGAGGGCGGUAAAGAGAAACGGUGA